GCGGAUCCCCUUCCCUCGCUGGAGCAGAGCGGCGCAUAUAUCAUCCGGUGGCAGCAGUCCACCUUCCCUGCAGUUUCGUAACCGCUUACGAGGGUAAAUUGAGCGUUGGGAACAGCCCUCUAUUAAGGAGCAGAUUGAGAAGAGGCUCUUCCCACUUGGAGGAGGCAAGUCUUCCCCGACGGACCCCGCACGCCGGCCGGGAGCUACGCCGAGCGAGCCGCCGCUGCUACGCGCCGCUCCCUCCACCAGAUUCAUUCAUGUUGUUGUGAGCCGAAAGGUCAGAAAUGAAGACAGUGCUGUGCUCGGCGGUGGCUGCGCUGUGUGCAGCCGCCCUCCUCUCCUCCAUCGAGGCUGAAGUUAAUCCACCGUCAGACUUGAAUUUUACAAUUAUAGAUGAACAUAAUGUUCAAAUGUCAUGGAAAAGGCCACCAGAUGCAAUAGUGGGUUACAGGAUAACUGUUGUUCCUACAAAUGAUGGACCAACUAAAGAAUUUACUCUUUCACCUAGCACUACCCAAACUGUCUUAUCAGAUCUUAUACCUGAUAUAGAGUAUGUUGUAUCAAUAGCUUCAUAUGAUGAGAGAGAGGAGAGUCUACCUGUUUUUGGCCAACUGACAAUUCAGACAGGUGGUCCAGGGAUACCAGAGGAAAAGAAGGUUGAGACUCAAUUACAAAGAUGCUCCAUAAGUGCAACAACAGAUUUAGUUUUCCUGGUAGAUGGUUCAUGGAGUGUAGGGAGAAAUAACUUCAGAUAUAUUCUGGACUUCAUGGUUGCCCUCAUAUCAGCUUUUGACAUUGGGGAAGAAAAGACAAGAGUUGGAGUUGUUCAGUACAGUUCAGAUACGAGAACAGAGUUCAAUUUAAAUCAGUAUUUCAGAAGAAGUGAUCUUAUUGAUGCAAUUAAAAGGAUACCUUACAAAGGUGGCAACACAAUGACAGGUGAGGCUAUUGAUUACCUGGUUAAAAACACCUUCACCGAGUCUGCUGGAGCAAGAAAAGGCUUUCCCAAAGUAGCAAUUGUCAUUACGGAUGGAAAAGCUCAAGAUGAAGUUGAAAUUCCUGCAAGAGAGCUUCGCAAUGUAGGAGUUGAAGUCUUUUCUUUGGGAAUCAAAGCAGCAGAUGCGAAAGAACUCAAGCUAAUUGCAUCUCAGCCUUCACUGAAACAUGUCUUCAAUGUGGCUAAUUUUGAUGGAAUUGUAGAUAUACAGAAUGAAAUCAUCUUGCAAGUGUGCUCUGGUGUUGAUGAACAGCUGGGUGAAUUGGUUAGUGGAGAAGAAGUGGUGGAGCCUCCUUCAAAUCUAGUAGCUGCUCAGAUCUCCUCAAAAUCUGUUAGGAUCACUUGGGAUCCAUCCACAAGUCAAAUAACUGGCUACCGGGUACAGUUCAUUCCAAUGAUAGCUGGUGGAAAACAACAUGCACUGAAUGUGGGUCCUCAGACUACUGCUCUGAAUGUUAAAGAUCUCUCUCCAGACACAGAGUAUCAAAUUAAUGUUUUUGCAAUGAAAGGACUGACCCCCAGUGAGCCAAUAACUAUAAUGGAAAAAACACAACAAGUAAAAGUUCAAGUGGAAUGCUCACGUGGUGUGGAUGUAAAAGCUGAUGUUGUGUUUUUAGUGGAUGGCUCCUACAGCAUUGGUAUCGCCAAUUUUGUUAAAGUAAGAGCCUUUUUGGAAGUGUUAGUUAAAAGCUUUGAGAUAUCGCCUCGAAAAGUACAGAUAAGUCUUGUCCAGUACAGCAGAGACCCCCAUAUGGAGUUUUCUUUGAACAGAUACAACCGAGUGGAAGAUAUAAUUCAGGCUAUUAACACCUUCCCCUACAGAGGUGGAUCUACCAACACAGGCAAAGCGAUGACAUACGUGAGGGAAAAAGUAUUUGUUACCAGCAAAGGAUCAAGACCAAAUGUGCCAAGAGUCAUGAUUCUUAUUACUGAUGGAAAAUCAUCAGAUGCUUUUAAAGAACCAGCAAUAAAGCUGAGGGAUGCAGAUGUAGAAAUCUUUGCAGUUGGUGUGAAGGAUGCAGUGCGUACAGAGUUAGAAGCAAUUGCAUCACCUCCUGCUGAAACCCAUGUUUACACAGUGGAAGAUUUUGAUGCUUUCCAAAGAAUAUCAUUUGAGCUUACACAGUCUGUCUGCCUACGGAUUGAGCAGGAACUUGCUGCUAUAAGGAAAAAAUCUUACAUACCUGCAAAGAAUAUGGUCUUUUCUGAUGUAACAUCUGACAGUUUCAAAGUGAGCUGGUCUCCAGCUGGAUCUGAGGUUUUGUCCUAUCUCAUUAAAUAUAAAGUAGCAGUCAGUGGAGAUGAAUUCAUUGUUUCGGUACCAGCUUCAAGUACUAGCUCAGUUCUCACCAACUUGCUACCUGAGACUACUUAUGCUGUCAGUGUGAUAGCUGAAUAUGAAGAUGGUGAUGGCCCUCCUUUGGAUGGAGAGGAAACCACCUUAGAAGUUAAAGGUGCUCCUCGAAACUUAAGGAUAACAGAUGAAACUACUGAUAGCUUUAUGGUUGGCUGGACUCCAGCUCCAGGAAAUGUUUUACGGUACAGGCUUGUAUAUAGACCACUUACUGGAGGAGAAAGGAGACAAGUGACUGUCUCAGCAAAUGAAAGAUCAACUACUCUACAGAACUUGAUUCAAGAUACAAGAUACGAAGUGUCCGUUAUUGCUGAGUAUCAGUCUGGGCCUGGGAAUGCUCUGAAUGGAUAUGCAAAAACUGAUGAAGUUCGAGGAAAUCCAAGAAAUCUGCAAGUUUCUGAUGCUACAACAUCAACAAUGAAGCUGUCUUGGAGUGCUGCUCCUGGAAAAGUGCAGCAGUACUUUAUAACUUACACACCAGUUGCAGGAGGUGAAACUAAGGAAUUGACUGUGAAAGGUGAUACUACCUCUAAAGUGCUGAAAGGCUUAGAUGAAGCCACUAGGUAUGCAUUGACUGUGUCUGCCUUGUAUGCCUCUGGAGCAGGAGAGGCCCUUUCUGGAGAGGGAGAAACACUUGAAGAACGUGGUUCACCUCGUAAUUUGGUUACCACAGACAUAACUGACACUACAGUUGGGUUAUCAUGGACACCAGCUCCAGGAGCAGUUAAUAACUAUAGGAUAGUAUGGAAAUCACUUUAUGAUGAUACAAUGGGAGAGAAGAGAGUCCCUGGAAACACAGUGGAUGCAGUGCUGGAAGGCUUGGAGCCAGAGACUAAAUACAGGAUUUCAGUAUAUGCAACCUACAGCAGUGGAGAAGGAGACCCUGUAGAAGGAGAGGCUUUUACUGACGUGUCACCAAAUGCCAGGAUUGUGACAGUAGACAACGAGACAGAGAAUACAAUGAGAGUUACAUGGCAGCCUUCACCUGGGAAAGUCUUGUCUUACCGUGUGUACUACCGACCGCGCAAUGGAGGAAGGCAGAUGUUUGGAAGAGUAAAUGCUCCUGCCACAAGCAUAGUGUUGAAGAGACUUAAGCCUCGAACUACAUAUGACCUCAGUGUUGUUCCAAUUUAUGACUUUGGACAAGGAAAAUCAAGAAAAGCAGAAGGAACAACAGCCUCUCCCUUUAAGCCACCUCGAAAUCUGAGAACUUCUGAUUCAACUAUGUCCAGCUUCAGAGUAACCUGGGAGCCAGCCCCAGGGCGAGUGAAGGGGUACAAAGUAACUUUCCACCCAACUGAAGAUGACAGGAAUCUUGGAGAACUAAUAGUAGGACCAUACGACAGCACAGUGGUUUUGGAGGAACUCAGGGCAGGAACUACCUAUAAGGUAAAUGUUUUUGGAAUGUUUGAAGGAGGAGAGAGCAACCCACUUGUUGGACAGGAGAUGACCACCCUUUCAGAUACUACUACGGAGCCAUUUUUAUCUAGAGGUUUAGAAUGUAGAACCAGAGCAGAAGCUGAUAUUGUGCUGCUGGUGGAUGGCUCAUGGAGUAUUGGGCGGCCAAAUUUUAAAACUGUCAGGAACUUCAUAGCCCGUAUCGUUGAAGUUUUUGAUAUUGGUCCUGACAAAGUACAGAUUGGUCUUGCGCAGUAUAGUGGAGAUCCCAGGACAGAAUGGAAUCUGAAUGCUUACCGAACAAAACAAGCUUUGUUAGAGGCUGUAGCCAACUUACCAUACAAAGGAGGCAAUACUCUAACGGGAAUGGCCUUGGAUUUCAUCUUAAAAAACAACUUCAGGCAAGAUGCAGGCUUACGGCCCAGAGCUCGCAAAAUUGGUGUUCUCAUUACUGAUGGCAAAUCACAAGAUGAUGUAGUCACCCCUUCAAGAAGACUCAGAGAUGAGGGAGUGGAACUUUAUGCAAUUGGUAUUAAAAAUGCAGAUGAAAAUGAAUUGAAGCAGAUUGCAACGGAUCCAGAUGACAUCCAUGCUUACAAUGUUGCAGAUUUCUCCUUCCUGGCUAGCAUUGUUGAGGAUGUAACUACGAAUCUGUGUAACAGUGUGAAAGGUCCAGGUGAUUUGCCACCUCCCUCUAACCUAGUUAUUUCAGAAGUGACACCCCGUUCUUUCCGUCUGAGAUGGAGUCCACCUCCUGAGAGUGUUGAUAGAUACAGAGUUGAAUAUUACCCUACCACUGGAGGUCCCCCUCAACAGUUUUAUGUAAGUAGGAUGGAAACUACAACAGUUCUGAAAGAUCUGAAACCUGAAACAGAAUAUGUUGUUAACGUGUUUUCAGUGGUAGAAGAUGAAAGCAGCGAACCUCUAAUCGGCAGUGAAACAACCUUGCCAAUGUCUUCAGUUAGAAACCUGUAUGUUUAUGACAUUGGAUCAACUUCCAUGCGAGUGAGAUGGGAACCUGUCAAUGGAGCUACAGGUUACUUGUUAACAUAUGAACCAGUGAAUGCCACAGUCCCAGCCACAGAGAAAGAGAUGCGUGUUGGACCAUCAGUGAAUGAGGUUCAGCUGGUAGACCUCAUCCCCAAUACUGAGUACACUUUAACAGCUCAUGUAUUGUUUGGUGAUAUCACCAGUGACCCACUCACCUCCCAGGAAGUGACAUUACCUUUGCCUGGACCAAGAGGCUUAACAAUUAGGGAUGUUACUCACAGCAGCAUGAAUGUCCUCUGGGAUCCUGCUCCAGGGAAGGUUCGAAAAUACAUCCUAAGAUACAAAGUAGCUGAUGAAGCUGACAUAAAGGAGGUGGAAAUUGACAGACUCAAAACCAGCACCACUCUUUCUGACCUUUCCUCCCAAAGACUGUAUAAUGUAAAAGUUGUUGCUGUGUAUGAUGAAGGGGAAUCUCUACCAAUAGUUGCAGAAGCUGUCACUCAGCCUGUGCCAGCACCAGUCAAUCUCAGAAUCACAGAUGUAACAAAGCACAGUUUCAGAGGAACUUGGGAUCAUGGAGCUCCAGAUGUCUCUCUAUAUAGAAUAACCUGGGGACCCUAUGGAAGAUCAGAAAAACAGGAGACCAUCUUAAAUGGGGAUGACAACAGUCUGGUCUUUGAAAAUCUGGAUCCAGAUACAUUGUAUGAAGUCUCAGUUACUGCCAUCUAUCCUGAUGAAUCAGAAAGCGAUGACCUGAUUGGCAGUGAACGAACAUUACCCUUGGUACCUAUAACCACACCAGCCCCAAAGAGUGGCCCACGAAACCUUCAGGUAUACAAUGCAACGUCACACAGUUUGACUGUAAAGUGGGAUCCUGCCAGUGGUCGAAUACAGAGAUACAAGAUCAUUUACCAGCCUAUCAGUGGAGAUGGCCCUGAACAGUCGACUAUGGUAGGUGGGCGGCAGAACAGUGUAGUGAUACAGAAGCUGCAGCCUGACACACCAUACGCUAUCACUGUGUCCUCAAUGUACGCAGAUGGUGAAGGGGGGCGAAUGACAGGCCGAGGCAGAACCAAACCUCUCACUACUGUGAAGAAUGUGCUAGUUUAUGACCCAACCACCAGUACUCUGAAUGUUCGAUGGGAUCAUGCAGAAGGAAAUCCUCGCCAGUACAAAGUGUUUUAUGGGCCUACAGCUGGAGGUGCAGAAGAAAUGACCACAGUACCCGGAAAUACAAACUAUGUCAUCCUGAGAACUCUUGAACCCAACACACCUUACACUGUAACUGUGGUUCCAGUUUUUCCAGAAGGGGAUGGUGGACGUACGUCUGACACCGGAAGAACUUUGGAGAGAGGAACACCAAGAAACAUUCAAGUUUACAAUCCCACACCAAACAGCAUGAAUGUCCGUUGGGAACCUGCUCCAGGUCCAGUACAGCAAUACAGAAUUAAUUACUCUUCGCUAUCUGGCCCAAGGCCAUCAGAAUCUAUUGUGGUACCAGGCAACACUCGUGAUGUGAUGCUGGAGCGCUUGACUCCUGACACUGCUUACUCGAUAAACGUUAUAGCUCUGUAUGCGGAUGGAGAAGGAAAUCCAAGUCAAGCACAGGGAAGAACAUUGCCUCGCAGUGGUCCAAGAAAUGUGAGAGUGUUUGAUGAGACCACAAACAGCCUUUCUGUACAAUGGGACCAUGCUGAUGGGCCAGUCCAGCAGUACAGAAUCAUUUAUUCACCCACUGUGGGAGAUCCUAUUGAUGAAUAUACCACAGUUCCUGGGAUAAGGAAUAAUGUAAUACUCCAACCACUGCAAUCAGAUACACCAUAUAAAAUAACUGUUGUGGCUGUGUAUGAAGAUGGUGAUGGUGGACAGCUGACUGGAAAUGGAAGAACCGUUGGCCUGCUUCCACCUCAAAAUAUGUAUAUAACUGAUGAAUGGUAUACACGAUUCAGAGUUUCCUGGGAUCCUUCACCAUCCCCCGUUCUUGGCUAUAAAAUUGUAUAUAAACCCAUGGGUUCAAAUGAUCCCAUGGAGGUUUUUGUGGGAGAAGUGACUUCAUACACCUUGCAUAAUCUGUCUCCCAGUACCACUUAUGAUGUGAAUGUUUAUGCCCAGUAUGACUCUGGAAUGAGCAUACCGUUGACAGAUCAAGGCACUACAUUAUAUUUAAAUGUCAGUGACCUAACAACUUACAAAGUGGGUUGGGAUUCUUUCUGUAUCCGAUGGUCAGCUCACCGGUCAGCAACUUCUUACAGACUAAAGCUGAACCCAGCUGAUGGAUCCAGAGGACAGGAAAUUACAGUCCGUGGCUCAGAAACAAGCCAUUGUUUUACUGGACUCUCACCAGACACAGAAUACAAUGCUACCAUCUUUGUUCAGACCCCUAACCUUGAGGGACCUCCAGUCUCUCUGAGGGAGCAUACAGUUGUCAAACCUACAGAGGCACCAACUCCACCGCCCACACCUCCUCCACCUCCCACAAUCCCUCCAGCUCGGGAUGUAUGCAGAGGUGCCAAAGCAGACAUAGUAUUUUUGACUGAUGCUUCCUGGAGUAUUGGUGAUGACAACUUCAAUAAAGUAGUAAAAUUUGUUUUUAAUACAGUAGGAGCCUUCGACUUGAUUAAUCCUGCUGGAAUACAGGUUUCAUUUGUGCAGUACAGUGACGAAGCAAAAUCUGAGUUUAAACUGAAUACAUUUGAUGACAAGGCCCAAGCCCUGGGAGCUCUUCAAAAUAUUCAGUACAGAGGAGGAAACACACGGACAGGCAAAGCACUAACAUUUAUCAAAGAAAAGGUUUUGACUUGGGAGAGUGGCAUGAGGCGAGGUGUUCCCAAGGUACUUGUUGUUGUCACAGAUGGUCGAUCACAGGAUGAAGUGAGGAAAGCAGCAACAGUCAUACAGCACUCUGGCUUCAGCAUCUUUGUGGUUGGUGUGGCUGAUGUGGAUUACAAUGAGCUGGCCAAGAUUGCCAGCAAGCCCAGUGAGCGUCAUGUAUUUAUUGUUGAUGAUUUUGAUGCAUUCGAAAAAAUUCAAGAUAACCUUGUCACCUUUGUGUGUGAGACUGCUACCUCAACAUGUCCACUUAUUUACUUGGAAGGAUACACUUCACCUGGUUUCAAGAUGUUGGAAUCAUAUAAUCUAACAGAGAAGCAUUUUGCUUCUGUACAAGGAGUAUCACUGGAAUCAGGCUCUUUCCCAAGCUAUGUAGCAUAUAGGCUCCACAAAAAUGCUUUUGUCAGCCAGCCAAUACGGGAGAUUCACCCAGAGGGAUUGCCACAGUCGUACACUAUCAUUAUGUUAUUCCGUCUUCUGCCGGAAUCCCCCAACGAGCCUUUUGCAAUUUGGCAGAUUACAGACAGAGAUUACAAACCACAAGUUGGAGUUGUGCUUGAUCCUGCCAGCAAAGUGUUGUCAUUCUUUAACAAGGAUACAAGGGGAGAGGUUCAAACUGUAACUUUUGAUAAUGAUGAAGUCAAGAAAAUCUUUUAUGGAAGCUUCCAUAAGGUCCAUAUUGUUGUAACUUCAUCAAGUGUUAAGAUUUACAUUGACUGCAGUGAAAUACUGGAAAAACCAAUUAAGGAGGCUGGGAACAUCACAACUGAUGGCUAUGAAAUACUUGGAAAACUUAUGAAAGGUGACCGGAGAUCAGCGACAUUAGAAAUCCAGAAUUUUGACAUUGUAUGCAGUCCAGUUUGGACUAGCAGAGACAGAUGUUGUGAUCUUCCUUCUAUGAGAGAUGAAGCAAAAUGCCCAGCUCUUCCAAAUGCUUGUACCUGUACUCAAGACAGCGUGGGACCUCCAGGACCCCCAGGACCAGCUGGUGGUCCAGGUGCUAAAGGUCCCAGAGGCGAAAGGGGUUUGACUGGAUCAUCUGGGCCACCUGGUCCUCGUGGUGAGACAGGUCCACCCGGCCCUCAAGGUCCACCAGGUCCGCAAGGUCCCAAUGGGCUGUCAAUCCCAGGAGAACCGGGUCGUCAAGGAAUGAAAGGUGAUGCUGGCCAGCCUGGACUACCAGGACGAUCAGGAACCCCAGGUUUACCUGGACCACCUGGCCCAAUGGGACCUCCAGGUGAAAGGGGUUUCACAGGAAAAGAUGGUCCCACAGGUCCCAGAGGCCCACCAGGACCAGCGGGUGCCCCAGGAGUUCCAGGAGUUGCUGGCCCAAGUGGAAAACCAGGGAAACCAGGAGAUCGUGGGACACCAGGUUCACCUGGAAUGAAGGGAGAAAAAGGUGACAGAGGUGACAUUGCUUCUCAGAACAUGAUGCGAGCAGUUGCAAGACAAGUUUGUGAACAAUUGAUAAAUGGCCAAAUGAGCCGGUUCAAUCAAAUGCUGAAUCAAAUCCCGAACGAUUAUUAUUCAAACCGUAAUCAGCCAGGGCCACCAGGACCACCUGGUCCCCCAGGAGCUGCUGGGACAAGAGGAGAGCCUGGACCUGGAGGAAGACCAGGAUUCCCAGGACCUCCUGGGGUCCAAGGACCACCUGGUGAAAGAGGAAUGCCUGGAGAGAAAGGUGAAAGAGGGACUGGAUCUCAAGGACCACGAGGUUUGCCAGGACCACCUGGUCCACAAGGAGAAUCUAGAACUGGUCCACCAGGCUCCACAGGAUCACGAGGACCACCAGGGCCUCCAGGUCGUCCUGGGAAUGCGGGUAUUCGAGGUCCUCCAGGGCCACCUGGAUAUUGUGAUUCAUCCCAGUGUGCUAGCAUCCCUUACAAUGGCCAAGGAUUCCCAGAACAAGGUUGAAUUCUCCAUGUUUCUCUUGAAAAAUAAAAAGAAUGCUGUGGCUGGCAAUUUCCGUGUGUCUCUUUUUGAGCAAUGUCAGGAUUAUUUAUACCAAAUUUAUACCUGAAAUCAAAAUUUCCCACAAAGGAAAUCCAUUCAGUGAUACAAUGCAGACAACUGAAAAACACCACUGUCCUACAAUUUCUACCGAGUUAAACACCAUGGAGUCUCUGAUUAGCCCUGGGUCAUACCAGCCUUCCUCUCUGUGAUGAAUCUUAAAACAUUAGGCUGCAUCUGCAAUCCAGGGUCACAGCGGCCACCAAUUUCUGACUGGAAAUAUUCCAAUAUAUUUUAACAUGGGGAUCCUGCAGGACCACAGUGUUGUUAACAAAUUAAUAUGUAUGCAUUGCAACAUCUCAAAAUUAGUGUAUGUGAUACUACUAUUGAAUAUGGUUUGCUGUUAGUGUAUUGUGCAUGUACCCAUGAAAAGAAAAAAAAAAAGAUAUAUAUAUAUAUGUACACACUUGCAGACUCAGUGCUGAUGGUUAAAGAGCCAGGUGGUUGUGGAGAUCUCACAAAAUUCAUAUUUAAAUGAAAACGAAAGAAAAUUGUGCCUGUGAUUCAACAGUGUUCUCCUUUCUAGUAAUCAGCUAUGUAUACAUAUAUAGAUAUAUGCCUAUGAAUUAACUGUUAUGUAUUUAGUUGGAUGAAAGUAUGUUUUUGCACAUCAGAUGGACUUUUUAAAAGACUAACAUCAUCUUUGACCUGUUUCAGGUUUCGGCUAACACAUUUUCUAAGUCGCCAGUGCUGCUUACAAUUUGAAUACAUGAAAAUCCUGUUUCUGAGAUGUUUGCGCACGUGCUUAUUAGAAAAUGAGUCCGUAUGGAUAUUUCACCACGGAUAUGGUUUUUGAACCAUGUUGGCCUGAUAGAAUGAAUGGGGAGAUUCUUUUUACUAACACAACUUGUGAAUGAGAUAAAGGACAGUGAUGCCAUUUCAUUAAGCCUGUUGCAUUUCGAUAAUAAAAUAGUCAGUCUUUCUUUUUUAAAAAAAGACCCAGACCAUCAAAAGUCUCACUGGUGAAGGAGGCUUAUAAAACUACUAACCAGCAAAGGUAAUGCCAAUAGAAGAGACAGAUUUAACCUGGUAAAUGAGAAAUGAUUUAUGUAAAUAGUAAACUAAUUGUGGCUUGUAAAUGAUUUGUAUGGGACUGUACCCACUAAAAUCUGUUAACAACUCUAUGUGAUGCUUUUGCAUAAAAGCCUGCUGCUGCUUGCUAUAUGCCAGAAUAACAUCUUUGACAACUUAAGAAAUCUACCUGUCUGUUGCUUGUUACCAACAUGUCUGAAUCGGGGCAUGUGCCUUUUUUAUAUGUAAUCUUGUUGGAUUCUGUAACUGCAAAUACAAAAGUUUUAUGAUUAUAUUUCUUCUGUUUUGCUGUAGUUUUUGGUGUUCCUGAAGCACCAGCUGUAACUCGGUUUGUUACGAGGAACAGCACGAGAAAAUGACAUGUACUGUAUAUUGCCGCUGGUGAUAGUUAUGUGUACACUUUCCCAUUCUCAGAGAAAAUUAGUAUAUGCCAAACCCACCUGUUCAUUUUGCCUGCUCCAUGUGUUCUAUUAAUUACAUAGUCUAAAAUAAAGUCCAGUGCUUUGAUUUACUGAAGUAGCUGUAAAAUAAUAAUUUUAUUUGAUUUGCCUUUUUUUUUUUUUUUAACAAUAACUGGUCCCUUGCAUAAUUUAAGACUCUUUCUGCGCUGUUUUGUGUAUUAUAAAUACAAAGCCUUUCACAAUUAAUUUUAAACUUAUUAUUUUACUGCCAAAAAAUAUUCAUGAACAAAACUGAAAGCACCCCCAGUGAACUAUUAAUUUAUAUAUUUAUUUUAUGGAAAUAAGAUUGGACUAACAUUAUGUAGAAAAACUAACUUUCGUUGUAUUUGUGGAUUCAAAGACAUGCGAUAACUAUAAUGUUCAAUCGGACAACUAUUUUCAACCAGAACCAUAUGUGCCUGAAAGUGGACCCUAUCAACCUGAAGGUGAACCCUUCAUAGUACCUAUGGAGUCAGAAAGGAGAGAGGACGAGUAUGAGGACUAUGGAGUUGAAAUGCAUUCACCAGAAUACCCUGAGCACAUGCGCUGGAAAAGAUCGCUGUCAAGAAAAGCAAAACCAAAGCCAUAAAAGAUCCGUGUCUUGUUUUGGUUUUUUUGGUUGGUGGUUUUUGUCUUUGCUAUACUUGCAUUUGCAGAUACACACAGGGAGAGUGCAUUGUUCCUUCUGCAUUCUAGCUUUCCGGUCUUUUCAUAUCAGACGCACCCUUGUUUUGUAUCUUGCUCGUGUGAGGGUAGCAAUACGUGUAACUAGAGACUUCAUAUUGCUCUGGAAAUGCUUGUAAAAUACUUUUGCUUUUAGUGGCUGCAUACAGGUUAAUAUGUGUGUUCAGUUAUCCCAGUGCUGCCUUUUCAUUAAAAUAAUGUAAAAACAAAUUAAAAAAAAAAAAGAAAGAAAACCAAAAAAACAAAACAAAAAUAACCACAGAGCUGCUGCAAAUUUUCUGAGGACUGUCUGCUUUAGCUCUACAUUUUUCUUCUUUUUCACAUGCAUGUUUGCAGUUCAGUCAGAUCACAGGUCUGCAUUAUGUAGUUAAAAAAGGAAGAAGCCAAAAAAAUAUUUCUCUCUCCUUUCAAUAUCAUUGUCAUUUUCUUCUAUUCUUAGUUACACUUUGUAGAGCAUAUACUGCUCUUAUACAUCUCCUUUAAACACCACAAACAUUAAGUAGCUGAAAUUGUUGUAUCAACUGGAUACAGUUUAAUAAUGCCUGAAAUCUCCUUGUUUGUAGACACAGUAACAUUUAUGCCAAAUUGCAGUCAAUCCUGCAGAGAUGGAAUUGCAUGUUUAUGUUGUAUAUUUAGUAUGGAUUUUUUUUUUUUCCAGAAUACGAUGUUUCUUAGUUAUCAAAAGCAGUUGGAAAUUGUUUGCAAGACUAUGGAUAUAGAAUUGCUGCUUUUAUAUUUUAACUGCAAAUUGUGAAUUUCACUGCCUUAUAUUAUUUAUUUCUGAAAUGAAAGAGGCAUUUUUCAAUAAAACUACUGAAAAUUU